CCUUGUCGCGAUUUGCGCGCAGCAGUAUGGCGGCGGUACCAACGAAGCAAGAGACGGAGGACGAGGAUUAUUCUUUACUUCCUCUUGUCCACGACAUCAUUAAGUGCAUGGAUAAGGACAGCCAGGAUGUCCACCAGGAGCUGAACAAGCUGAAGAACCGUAUCCAGGAAGCACGUGAGCAGAUCAUAGCCAUGCCUGGUAUUGACAAGAGCCCAGAGGAGCAGCAGCAGCAACUGCGUACGCUGAGGGAGCAGGUUCGCACCAAGAAUCAGCUGCUGCAGAAGUACAAGAGCCUCUGCAUGUUUGAUAUCCCGAAGGCAUAGAAGUUCAUUGUGCAGUUCGUGACAAGUCGUUUAGACAACUGAAAACGAUUAACCAAUAUGAAUCCAGGACUGAAAGCCAUGUUAGCAUAGUAAGCGCUUGAAAUGUCUUAAUCUGAGUCAUGAUGUCAUCAGAUUUUCAUUAUCUUCCCAUAUAUUUUUUGACCUAUUUAUAGACUGAGAUUUUCUAUAUCAGUCCUCCAAGAAAGUAUACAUUUUUACAUGG